AGUCACUUCAGGUUCAAAGGUUCAUUCACACUGGCAACUGGGAAAACUUCCUUCGGUGGCAGUUAAAAAACACCUUCUAAUUUGAAUCUGUGUUAGUAGUUUUGUAAAGCUGUAGGGAGUCUGAGAUGGCCAAGAAGGCGGUAGGUUUAGGGCCACUGUCGAGGCGUCCAGAUAACUCGGCGUUUAAACAGCAGAGAUUACCAGCCUGGUCUCCAUCUCUCACGGCACAGACCGUCCUGCCAAUCUUCUACAUCCUAGCUGUCGUGUGCCUGCUGCUGGGCAUCUGGCUCCUCAUCACUGUCCAGAACACACACCAACUGAAGGUGGACUACACCGAUGCUGGAACAUGUGAACGGUGCUUCGAGCUUCAUGCCAACAACACCAGAACGGUCUGCACAUGUUCAGUCAACUUCUACGUUCCAAGACCCUUUCCGGGCGACGUGUUCUUCUACUACGGUCUGAGGAACUUUCAUCAGAACCUGCGGAGGUACAUGGACUCCCGCGAUGAUGCACAGAUGGUGGGGAGGAAGAACAACCUGAAGGCACCGAGUUCAUACUGCGCUCCGUUUCAUUACGAUGCAAACGGGGUACCCAUCGCCCCCUGCGGUGCCGUAGCCAACAGCAUGUUCAACGACUCAUUUACACUGAUGUAUCAUCAAGCUAAUGGGGCAGAAGUGCAAGUUCCUCUCUAUAGGAAGGGCAUUGCUUGGUACACAGACAAAAAUGUCAAGUUCCGCAACCCUCCGACCAACAACACAUUUUCCCUUCGACAAGCCUUUGAAGGCACGACUCGGCCCUUAUACUGGCAGCACUCGGUUUAUGAGCUGGAUGACACAGACUCCAACAACAAUGGUUUCAUAAAUGACGACCUGAUUGUCUGGAUGAGAGAGGCAGCCUUCCCUAAUUUCAAAAAGCUUUAUGGGGUUCUCAAUCGUGCUCAAGAGCCUUUCACUGAAGGCCUGCCCGCCGGCAACUACAACAUCUCUAUAGAUUACAAUUUUCCUGUUGAGCCCUUCAGAGGUCGAAAGGAGCUGGUGAUCUCAAUGGUGACCUGGUUUGGUGGGCAGAAUUACUUUCUGCCCAUUGCGUAUCUGGUGACCAGUGGGCUAAUCCUGGUGACUGCUGUCGUUCUCACAACAGUGUUUGUCAAAUUUGGCAAAAAUGGCAAGAACAUGGAGGAAUAAACCAAAGGAAGAAGGAACUGUCCAUCAGGAAAGAAAGAUAAAUGGUGCCCAUCAGAAUCACUGAAAACAAGCAGUUUGAACCAUGAAUUUUAAAAGUUUACAUAUUUCGAGAAAACAUUCUUGACCACAGCCCAUUUUAUACUGGAUGGUUCUUAAAAGUAAUAGAAAUGAAAAGAUUUGUUUAACAUUUACUCAUCCUGCUUUAGUUUCUUUCUUCUGUUGGACAGAAAAGAAGAUAUUUUGUAAAAUGUAGCAUCUGACAUCCAUAUCAAGUCUGUAAAUACUAUUUUUAAAUGUAAAAAUAAAUAAAUAAAUAAAUAGAUAAUAAUAAUAAUAAUAAUAAUAAUAAUAAUAAUAAUAAUAAUAAUAAUAAUAAUAAUAAUAAUGGCCUCAAUUUCCAGACAGGUAAUGAGUAAUGCAUAAGUAUAAUUUCCGGCUGUCUCAAAAUCAUUGCAUUGGGGUAACUUCUCACAUCUGAUAUUGUCUAUGUUUAGAAAAUCUUGUACUGCUCAUUUCUGCAAGCUUUAUGGGUCACACUUUACAAAUAAUGUUUCAUUAGUUUAUGUAUUUACUAAAAUGAACUAAUAAUGAACAAUACGUGUACAGCAUAUACUGCAUUAAGUGCAAAUUCAUGCUUAUUAACAUCAGUUAUUACACUGUAAACAUGAUCUAACAAUGAACAUCUUUAUUUUCAUUUACUAACAGUAACACAGAUGAAUAAAUACUGAAAUAUUGUAAUAAAUGAAUAGUUCAUUGUUUGUUCAUGUUAAUGAAUACAUUACCUAAUAUUAGCUAAUGCAACUUUAUUGUAAAGUGUUGCAACAAGUGUUAUGUAUAUGGGAAUAGUGUGCAAAUUCACUUUAAAGCGCACAUAAAAUGUCCUCAUAACACACAGUGUUUGUAAAACGCAUACAAAAGUGACAAUGGACUUGAUAUUACAUUUUCAGUGUGAACAUAUAUUAAAGGGUUAGAAAUUUGUCUCACAGCAUGAUAAGUGAAUCACAAGCAGUUUUGCGCUCUUUAUUAUUAUGUUUUUUUUUCAGACUGGAAAUUAAUUACAACACUGACAGUGGAAUAUCAUGUCAACCGCCACCUUUGUGUGCUUCACACUUCACAAAUACUGUUUGUUAUAUUAUUUUUAAUAGUCCUUCCCUAUAUAGUAUACUGCAGUUGCACUCAACCCUGUUCCUGAAGAUCUUCCUUCCUGGAGAGUUCAGCUCCAACCCUGAUCAAACACAACUAAACCAACUAAGUAGGAUCUGAAAGAGCACUUGGUAAUUAAAGACAGGUGUGUUUGAUCUGAUGCAGCUGAACUCUGCAGGAUGGAAGGUAGAUCUCCAGGAAAAGGGUUGGGCACAGCUGGUAUACUGUAUCUGUACGUAAACAAGCAGUAGGCUGGCAGCAGGGGGCAUCUGUGACAAUAUGUGAAAAUGCGAUGGUUAACUGACGACUUGCACUACAUUUACUUGUUUUACAGCAUCAAUUUUUCAUUUAAAAGCAGCUUAAGAAUGCCUCAGUUUACACACUCGGCUUUUGUGUGUGUUUUUUAUGAGCUUUCAGCACUCCAAAGUGGCUCAUUUGUCAUUCAGACAGCUCGUUUUUGGGAGAAAUUUAUUACAGGAACUUUCUAUCGGUGACAAAUGAUUUCUAAUGGUUUUAUAAUUGUUAUGACAUUAAUAAUUGAGGGACAUCAUGGCAUAUUUGUACUUUUAAUUUGUGAUACUGCAAGAUGUUGAAUGAACUAUAAAUAUUAAGCAAUUAAAUAAUACUAUCAGUAGAAUUUGUAAUAAAAGUGCAAUUAUACAAAUGCUAGUCAGGCUGCCAAAAAGAAUAUUUAAGCCUACUGCAUUUUGACUAUAGUAAAACUAGUUAAUUUAAUUUAGGCUAUAAUGAAAUUGUGAUAGUAUUGUUUUUACAGUAAAAUUAUAAACUUUACCGUAUUGGUUUACAUGAAAAAAUACAAUGUGUAUAUGCAUUUUUUAAAAUGUGUUGUCAUUUAUCUAAUAAAAUAUUUGCUAAUAUUUUUGUUUAAAAUGUCCCUCUGAUUUAAUGAAAAAUUAUAUGGAAAAUAUUAAGUAUUCCACAAUUCUUAGCGUCUCUGAGUUCAUAAUUCACAAAUACUGUUUAUUGUAUUAUAUUUAAUAGUCCUUCACUAUAUAGUAUACUGCAGUUGUGCUCAACCAUGUUCCUGAAGAUUUACCUUUAAACGAUUUACGUGUUAAACGAGUGAAAUGUGAUUUUUGUUUUAUUUUUUAAACUACUGAUGACAGCUUGUAAACUUAAAGUUUUGCCAUUUACAGCUUUAUGUAUUGUCUUUCAUAAAACAACAAAAACAAAGUACUUAUGCUUACAUUGCUAAUGUUUUAACUUGGGAAGAGGUAGAGAAAACAUAUUUGCUUGAAUAAACCUGGAUUUUUAGUCACAACUAUUUUUUUAAACUGUUAUUUUAACAAAAUUGUGAUUUUUCUAGAGAAAAACAUGCAGCGUUAUUGUUUUUUAACGCUUUGUUUUUUAAAGGGGUGGUCCACAGUGUAUUUUUAAGUCUUGGCUGUGUCUAUAAGAUGUGAAGCAAUGUGUGCUUAUGCUUUACUUGUAGAAAAUCAUGUUAUUUUUUCAUAUAUCUUUCUUUGAUUACAUAAAGCUACUCAGCUAACAUAUUUCCUAGUUCCUCUGAAAGGCUCGCCGUCAUAAGGCUCUGAUUGGUCAGCUAACAUAAUGUGCUGUGAUUCACGGAUUGGUUACAAGUCACCACGUCACACCCCUAUAAGCACUUGCUUUUGCGCUGUGUAAGCACUGUCAGUCAAAGCAGCUGUUAGCAGCAUUAGCUGCCUGAAUCAGACAAAAAAUGAAGAGCAAACCACUGAACCUCACACCUGCUCUUUAAAGGGCACCUAGGUUACCCCUUUUUUCAGAUUUAAUAUAAGUCUUUUGCGUCUCUAGAAUGUGUAUAUAAAGUUUCAGAUGAAAAAGUACCAAUCAGAUUUUUCAUUAUACCUUUUACAAGAUGCUGUUUUAUACUGAUUUCCAGCAGGGGGUGGUUUUGUCGUACUGCGCCUUUAAGCCGAGUUCUGCCCGCCUACUAUUUCUACAUGCCUCCUCCCUCAGCUGCGUCAGACAACAGACAGACUUAAAGGAAGAAGGUCUCACGUAGCGUUUGUGAGAUACUACAGUAAGAACUAACCUUUACUAAUCAGUAUUGUGAAGUUGCAUUGAUGAGUCACACACAAUAUCGUUACAAAGUUAACGCGCGCGCUCACACACACACACACACACACACAGAUACACAUGCAGGCAGGCAGGCAGACAGACAGAGCGCGCUUAGCUUACUUAAGGCUAACCUCAAGUACUUUGUGGAUAUCUGUUAUGCUAAUGUACAAAAUAAACCUGAUUUAACUUCCACAAA